UUAACCAUUCUUGGUGUCUUCCUUGGCGUUUUAAUUGGCUUCCUUGUUCGUACGGCACAUCCAAGCCAAACUGCAAUCAAAUUGAUUAAUUUCCCUGGUGAUAUUUUAAUGAGAAUGCUUAAAAUGUUGAUUCUACCUUUGAUUGUUUCCAGCUUAAUUGCUGGUCUGGCUUCACUGGAUGCUGGCUCUUCCGGUAAAAUGGGUCGCCGUGCUAUCUUUUACUACUUUGGUACGACCAUCUUAGCUGUCAUCUUGGGUCUGGUACUUGUCGUUGUUAUUCAUCCUGGCAAAACGAAGGAAGGUUUAUCCAGCAACAGGCAACAACACGUCAAUACUUUAGAUGCUUUCCUGGAUUUGAUUAGAAACAUGUUCCCGCAAAAUUUGGUACAAGCUUGCUUCCAACAGCAAAAAACCAUUUUCAAGACCGUACGGGUAGCUGAAAAAGUGGUGAUACAUAACGCUACAACAAAUACAACAAUUACUUAUACCGUUAUGCCAACUAUGAUUAGCGAAAUACCCGUUACUGGUACUCCAAACAUCUCUAAUGUCACUUUGCCAAAAUUCACCAAUAUUGGAUCAAUCCAGUACGUAAGCGGUAUGAAUGUAUUGGGAUUGGUGGUUUUCUCAAUUGCCUUCGGCAUUACAAUGAGCCGCAUCGGAGAAGCUGGUAAACCAAUUCAAAAUUUCUUCUUGUCAUUAAAUGAAGUUGUUAUGCGAUUAGUCGGAUUGGUAAUGUGGUAUUCUCCUAUUGGUAUUAUGUUCUUAAUCGCCGGUAAAAUUAUUGAAAUGGAUGACUUCGGAAAGGUUAUGGGCUCUCUUGGUUUGUAUAUGGCGACAGUAUUAAUUGGUUUAUUUAUCCACUCUUUGGUUACACUGCCACUCAUCUACUUCAUAUUCGUCCGCAAGAACCCUUUUGUCUUCACUAAAGGUGUUUUGCAAGCGUUAGUAACAGCUUUCGGUACUGCAUCAAGUUCGGCAACCCUACCAGUAACAUUUAAAUGUUUGGAAGAUAAUUUGCAUAUCGACAAGCGUGUAACUCGCUUUGUUCUGCCUAUUGGAGCUACUAUUAAUAUGGAUGGCACCGCAUUAUACGAAGCCGUAGCCUCGGUAUUCAUUGCUCAAGUAAAUGGUAUCGCUCUCAACUUUGGUCAACUUAUUACCGUCAGCUUAACCGCUACGCUGGCUUCAAUUGGCGCUGCUGGUAUUCCCCAGGCUGGCCUGGUCACCAUGUUGCUGGUACUAACUGCGGUUGGUUUACCAACUGAAGAUAUAACCUUGAUUUAUGCUAUUGACUGGUUCCUCGAUCGCGUUCGUACGGCUAUUAAUGUUCUUGGUGAUGCUUAUGGAACUGGUAUUGUGCAUAAGCUAUCAAUAGCUGAAUUAGAUGAUGCUGAUGCUCGUGAACAAGCUAGGAAAUUGGAAGAAGGUGAAUUCGAA